CUAUGGCAUCGGUAUCGUCCUCGAACAACACGAUGGCGUGGCACCCGGUUGAGCACUUCAGCAAGAAAGUGCCCGUCGUGCACUCCAUUGACAAUGCACGCAAGAAGGAACUCCUAGCCUUUGUCCACGCACUCAAGCGGUGGCGGCACUCCCUCCUUGGUCGAAGUCAAUUCCGAUGGGUAACGGACAACAAUCCGUUGGUCUUCUACAAGACCCAAGACACCGUCAAUAGCACCAUCGCCCGUUGGAUGGUUUUCAUCGACCAAUUCGACUUCUUUCCCGAUCACAUUUUGGGGAAGUCAAACCGUUUUGUGGAUGCUCUUUCACGGUGUCCGGAUUAUUGUACCGCAGUCUAUUCGACCUUCGAGAUCGACGACAACCUGCGGGACAGUUUCAUCCACGGCUACCAAGCCAAUCUUGAGUUUCGCGACAAGUACGCAAAUUGCUCCUCUCCUAAUCCGGCGCCUUCUCACUACCGGAUCCAAGAGGGGUACUUGCUUGUCCACACGCGGGGGAAGGACCUUUUUUGCCUACCGAGUGACUCUCACUUGCGUACACGGCUCCUUGGCGAGUUCCACGAUGCUCCCGCCAUCAGACACUUUGGAGUCAAUCGCACGAUUGACCGACUCCGCGAGCGAUUUUGGUGGCCCGGCCUUCUCGGCGACGUCACACGCUAUUGCAAGUCAUGUGAGUUUUGUCGACGCUGCAAAUCCCGCAGCCGUUGUUCGUACGGCGAGUUGCGACCAUUACUAGUCCCCUUGCGCCACAGGGAAGCGAUUGCCAUGGACAUCACCGGGCCGUUCCCCAAGCACAAGACCGGUGUGGAUAGGAUUCUCACGAUGGUCGACCGACUCACCAAGUUCGCCAUGUUUUUGCCUUGCCGCUAUCAUGCCAAGGGACUGGAGUUGGCCGAGGAUUGGGUCGAGCGGUUGCCAGAUGUCGAGUUGGCAUACAACUCGUCCAUCCACCCAGCUAUCGGGAUGUCGCCCUUCGAGUUCGGGCACGGCUCGCUGGUCACUUCUCCGUUGGACACAAUCAUUCCACGAAUGGCUGAGAGCGACGACCAUCUUCUUUUCUUGCGACGGAUGCAAGAGCUACUUGUCAAGGCACACGACCAGAUGGCUAAGACGCAUCAACACAUGAGCCAACAGGCCAAUCGCCAAUGUCUUCCUUGUCCAUUCCGCGCCGACGAUCUCGUUUGGGUUUCAGCCGCGGAGUUCAGCCUCGAACAAGAUAUCUCUCGCAAGCUCCUCCCGAAAUGGAUGGGGCCCUGGCCGAUCGUGGCACCCGUUGGGGAUGCACCCGAAGGACCUUCCUUCAUCAUUCAGGUGCCCACCCACUUGCCCGUCUAUCCCGUUUUUCAUUGCUCCAAGUCGGCUCUUUACACGCCAGCGGAACAUGACGAGUUUCCCAAUCGACGAUCGCAAGACCCAACCUCUAUGGACGGUUUUCAAGAGGUCGGCAACAUCAUCUCCCAGCGACGCUAUGGCAACAGGCCGACCGAGUACUUGGUACACUUUGCGUACUGCACUCACCAAGCUAAUCGUUGGUUGACCCGUGCGGAACUCCAAGCAACAGCUUCAGAUGUUCUCGCACGCUACGAACGCAAGAUGCAAGGCAAGUCGGUAUCUUCGGCUCCACGUCGCACCCUCGUCCAGGUUCCACCUUCAGAUCGUCAGCUUCGCCCUCGACCCGGCUUGACUUCAUAAGGAGGGGGGGAUGUUACAUGUUGCGCCUGCAAGAGGCUGCACGGGCCAUUUUCAGGCCCGUGACGUUUUCAGUCCGAAAGCCUGAAAACAAAGGCCUACAGGCCCU